UAGACUCAGCCAUUUCUCUCGCGAAGCGUAGCAACGCGUUCGAGUUGGCGACGUGUGUUUUUUCAACGAUAGAACGUGCGGGUAUUCCCGGAAGUUUUGCAAAAUAACGCGACGCAAAAGGAUGAUACACUCCGGGCGGACCAGGCUCGAGAAACGUAGUCGAGCAAAACAUCCUAGUUAUCGUCGAGUCGUCGUCAUCGUCGUCGUCGUCGUCGUCGUCGUCGUCGUCGUCGUCGUUAUCACUUGAAAUGAAUCGCAAGAAAAAGUAAUAUAGUUGUGAAGACACAGCCAUUUUGAACUGUCAUCAGGGGAGUACAUAUCAAUGGGAAGAAAAUUGUGGAUGGGCUCAUACACGUGAAGAGAAUAUCAGAAAGCAUGACAUCACCGACGAUACAUUGGAAUGUGUUUUAGAAAAAAGUAAUUCGAGUGGGAGUGGGAGUAGGAGGAGGGGGUCAGGUUGGCCAAGGUGUUCAACCGGUCGACGAGUCUGGAACCGGAAGUCAAUGGUGGAGACAGCAGCAUCCAUCCUAUCAUUAUCACCAUUAUCAUCAUCAGGGUGGUUAUUGCACAUCGCAUGCUCACAACAACCCUGUCACUACCAUGAAGCAAUCCUACGUGCAGCUAACGUGGGUAUUUCAUGACGACGAGGCGCAGAUUAACAAGAAACUGCCAAAGGAAUUGUUAUUAAGGAUUCUCUCGUAUCUCGAUGUGAUAUCCUUAUGUCGAUGUGCCCAAGUAAGUAAGGCAUGGAACAUAUUAGCCCUCGAUGGUUCCAACUGGCAAAGGAUCGACCUUUUCGAUUUUCAACGAGACGUAAAGGAAGAAGUAAUAAAGAACAUCUCUGUACGUUGUGGUGGAUUCCUUAGACAAUUGUCUCUGAGAGGAUGCCAAAGUAUUGAGGACAUAUCCAUGCAAGAAUUAGCUAGUUCUUGUUGCAACAUCGAGGAACUUAAUCUGAGUCAGUGUAAGAAAAUCUCGGAUGCAACUUGUGCGGCCCUUAGUAGAUAUUGUCAAAAGCUUCAGCGAUUAAAUUUGGAUUCCUGCCCCGAAAUAACAGAUCUUUCAUUGAAAGAUCUUUCUGAUGGUUGUUCAUCGUUAACUCACAUCAAUCUAUCGUGGUGCGAGUUACUUACCGACAAUGGAGUCGAAGCUUUAGCAAGGGGCUGUAGAUUUUUGCGUAGCUUUCAAAGCAAGGGCUGUCGUCAAUUGACAGACAAAGGUGUCAAAUGUUUGGCACAGUAUUGCCAAAAUCUUGAAGCCAUCAAUCUACAUGAAUGCAGGAAUAUAACCGACGACGCGAUGAGAGAACUAGGUGAACAGUGUUCAAGACUGCAUUACGUUUGUAUAUCGAAUUGUCCUAAUUUAACGGAUGCAUCUCUCGUCACUUUGGCUCAACACUGUCCGCUUCUUAGUAUUCUCGAGUGCGUUGCCUGCACGCGUUUCACGGAUGCAGGCUUUCAAGCUCUCGCGAGAAAUUGCAGACUAUUGGAAAAGAUGGACCUCGAAGAGUGCCUUUUAAUAACAGAUGCCACCCUUAUACACCUGGCCAUGGGCUGUCCGAGAUUGGAGAAGCUGAGUCUGUCCCAUUGCGAGCUGAUUACCGACGAAGGGAUUCGGCAGCUUGCUCUUUCACCUUGUGCCGCUGAACAUCUAGCGGUAUUAGAGCUGGAUAAUUGCCCUCUCAUCACGGACGCCAGUCUCGAUCAUCUUUUACAGGCCUGCCACAAUCUCGAACGAAUCGAGCUUUACGACUGUCAACUGAUCACUAGAGCUGGCAUACGUAGGCUCAGAACACAUUUGCCGAAUAUCAAAGUCCACGCAUAUUUUGCACCGGUCACACCACCUCCUAAUACGGGAACACCUCGACAACGAUAUUGUCGAUGCUGUGUCAUUCUGUGAUUUAACAUAGAAAUGACACUGAAGUAAAUCGUCCGAUCUACUCCACGAAGGGACGUGGACUUUUUGUCGGUGGUCGCUGUUACGUUUAACGGCGAUUAUGGGACCUUUUUUGUGGUUACCAGAACAGAAAUCCUGGUUGCCUACCGUCGACAGUGAGUGUGAGGCUCACUGUCAAUUUGUAAAUGACAAUUUCAAACGUUGAAACAAAUUCGAGCUCCACACGCAACGAGAGUACAGUACGUUACCAUCGUCGUCACUGCUGCAAACUGCGACUACUACUAUUACUAUUAACCGCUACUACUGCUGUUACUCCUAAUCGCUCUUAUCACUAUUAUUUCGCGUUAUUAUACUCUUGUUUUCUCGAUAGUAUCAUGCAUCCCUUCUUAUUAUCGCAUUGUCACAUUGCAGAGACAGUCCGAGAAGGAAAGAAAUCUUUAGGUUUUAUUAAUAACGAAUCUUAUCUAUGACAAUCUUCGUUCAUGCGUUUGCCUUUUUUUAUCCAAAUCUUUUACGUCAUGAAAACGAUUUUUUUUCUUUUUUUUCUUUCUCUUUUCCUUUCUUUUUUUAACUUCGAACAUUAUAAAGCGAAAUGAACGCCGAACGAAAUGUAGAAUCAUUUAAAAUAACAUACUUUCAACUUAACCCAUUCGAUUAUGGAAACGUACGUCCUGUAGCAGUUUCUUGACGAACACUGCCUGUAAUGCUAAUGAUAUUUAAAAGGAAAAAAAAAAAAAAAAAAAAAAAAAAAAAAAAAAAAAAAAAAAAAAAACCAAAAAAAACCAAAAAAAAAUAAGCAAAACAAAAAAUAUAAAAUAGAAACUCGACUUUAUAAAGUUGUAGAAUUUAGUUCUCUAACGUAGGAUGAGAAAAACCGUCGUGUCUUUGAUGGAAUACGUUUCACCGAUCCAUCCAUGAAACUAUGACGGUACCUACGGGUUUCUUUCCUUUCAAGAGGACACAUGUCGCGAACUCGACUCUGCGCACAACGUUUUUCAAAAACUCGUUUAAGCGCAAUCGUUUACUUGAUCGAGGAAUACCGGAGUAUCGUCUUUCAAACUUGUACAACUACCAGCGUUAACGGUAGCAAACGUUAAGAUGCAUUUUAUAUUGAUUUACGAGCAAACGAUAUAUAUACAUAUAUAUAUAUAUAUAUAUAUAUAUAUAUAUACACACGUACACACACAAACAUACAUAUACAUAUAUAUAUAUAUAUAUUCCGCUCGCGAGUCGUAAUUUUGAGUCCCAAGCGUACUACUAUUUCUCCUCGACGGUCCAGGCAUCUUCGUUGUCUUUUUUUAUCUAGUUUUUUAAUUAUCUUUUUUUGUUUUCUUUUUUCUCUUUUUUUUUCUUUUUUUUUUUUUCUUUUUUUCCCCUUUUCUCUUUAAUCUUAUUCAAAUAACUCGUCAUGGACUAGGAGAGCACAGACUGAAAAAAAAAAAAUCAAAGCGUUUAACGCGUCAAACGUAUUAACUUUUGUGUCCAGUGAUCGAUGCUGGAUCUUUUGACUUUUUAAGCUUAGGUUACGGAACGAUGACAGUACGAUUAUAAUAUGUACGAUACGGAUAUGUAUCGAAAUCGGUGGCUUUUGUUUGUAUAGACGACUCGAAGUGUCGCCGAUGAUCUAUAGAGACAAAAUUUUGCUUUCCUUGAUACUCCGAUGCAAUACCAUUUACGCGAAAUAAUAAUAAUCACUUCGCAUGUUCGAUAUGGUGAAUUUAAAAAAAAAAACAAUUAUAUAUACCAAUGUAUACUAUUAAAAUUUAAUUUCAUUUAAAUGUCGUAAAACGUUAUUAGAUUCGAAUAUUCCGCUCUUAUAAAAGUUCUCAUGACGGAACACAUUGAGCACGAUUCAUUUGAUCGCAGGGUAAAUUUAAACAUGUUCGAGAAAUUUGUUCUCGCAAAGAAAUAUUUUCGCGCGUUCGAUAGCGGCACUCGACGAAAAAUUUUAAUAAAAUACUAUCAAGUGGGCCCGACCACGCGUGCAAUAUUAUUAUUAUUAUUAUUAUUAUUAUUAUUAUUAUUAUUAUUAUUAUUAUUAUUAUUAUUAUUAUUAUUUUUAUUGUUGUUGUUGUUGUUGUUAUUAUUAUUAUUACUAUGAUUAUUAUUAUUAUUAUUAUUAUUAUUAUGAUUAUGAUUAUGAUUAUGAUUAUGAUUAUGAUUAUUAUUGUUACCAUACGCACCACUUGAUGAAUCGGUUUCUUUUAUUUUUCUUUUUGUUUUUUUCUUUUCUUUUCUUCUUUUACAACCUUUCUCUUAAUUUUAGAACAAAAAGAAAUAAUAGAGAAAAAUCGCGUUGUGUCGUUCGUGCGUACUCGACCAUGUAAAAUGCCACCUUGUGUGUCGUUGCGUCAAAGUUGCAAUUAUUAAUCCUCCGAUUAGGAUGUAAGAGCGUCGUACCGCAUAUAUUUAAUAUAGCGUGUAAAAGAAUUACGAAUGAAAACAGCUAGGAUUAACACAAAAAGAGGAAAUAAAAAACAGUAAAUGAAGGAUAAAUAUACAUACAUACAUACAUACAUACAUAUACAUAUAUAUAUAUAUAUAUAUAUGUAUGUAUGUAUGUAUAUGUAUGAUGUGUGUAUGUAUACAAGAUAUGUUUUAUACGCUGCAUGUCAUCUUUAGGAAAAUAAUGUGAUCAUCGUAAUGUCUCGUUCUAAGGGUUGAGUUUAUAAUUAAGCGAAUAUUUCAUUGCCGAUCUAAGGCAAUAAUGUUUGUACAUUCACGUACUACCGACAAACCUCAAAGGUUUCUCAUUUCUCGCUCAAAUGUCUUUCGUAUUAUAAUAUAUUUUGUAGAAUUAUAUGAUAUCGAAAAGAAGCUCUGAAAAAGCUCUCAAAUGAUCUAGAACGAAGUACAAAUAUAUUAUCUACGUAUGAAUCCAAUUAAUUAACAUUGAAUGAUACGUCGAGAUGAGAAAAUAAUUAUUGUUUCAAUUAACAGAGAAGACAUUGUACUAUAUAUUUAUCAAUAUGCAAGAGAAUAAAAACCUGCAGAAGUGUGUCGGUACUUUAAAUCGGUCGUGUGUGUAACUGGAAUCGAUAUUCGGGAUAAUUCGCGAAACCGCCUGAAAUUUGAUGAAACAAAAAAAAAAAAAAGAAAUCAUAGACGGUCGUCUUGAACCAUUUUAUCCUAAUAAUCGCAAACAUCACACCGUUCAAUCAUGUUGUAACGAUAUUAAUGAAACGAAAAGAAGAAGCAUCAUGAAUAUAAUAGAAGUCGAGUGAUCGAGCAAGUGUUUGGCUGUGCAGUAGUAUAGGAAGAAAAAGAAAAAAAAAUGAAUAUGAAAAAGCGAGUAAUAGAAACAGUGAGUGAGAUAUAGAAAUAUGCAAAAAAA